AUGUCAGCCAAGAUGGCGGCUUCCAUGGUGGAGCAAGGGGAGGAUGCGUUUAGAACGCUUUUUAAGUUUUAUAAACGGAGAAAUCCGCCUCCGGAUUUUAGUGAAGUCAUUGACUUUUCGAAGAAAGUCGGAAACGACAUGGUUUACGCAGCCAAAUUAAACCAUGGCAGUGUAAACGACGAAGCGGCUUUCAGAGCAGGGCUUCAGCCUGUUAAAGACUGGAGAGCGUUUGGUCUUCAGGGAUAUCCAGGGUUUAUAUUUAUUUCCAAUCCCUUCCUGCCUGGCUCACAGCACCACUGGGUCAAACAGUGUCUGAAAACCUACACACAGAAACCCAACGUGUGUAACCUGGACAUGCACAUGUCACCUGCCGAGACCGAGAACAUCUGGGAGAAGAGCGUAGGCAGCAUCCGGAAAAAAGGGCAGCGAGAGCCGAGGACUCUGCUGGAGAAACUCCGCUGGGUGACUCUGGGUUACCAUUACAACUGGGACACUAAGACCUAUUCUCCUGAUCACUUCACACCUUUCCCUGAGGAUCUCCACUGUCUUUCCCACAAAAUAGCAGCAGCUUGCGGUUUUCCAGGCUUUAACGCAGAGGCUGGAAUUCUGAACUACUAUCGCUCCGAUUCCUCUCUUGGGAUCCACGUGGACGAAUCCGAGCUCGAUCACACUCAGCCGCUUCUGUCUUUCAGUUUCGGGCAGACUUCAGUCUUCUUGUUGGGCGGGACUAGACGUCAGGACCCGCCCACCGCUAUGUUCAUGCGCAGCGGUGACGUCAUGGUGAUGUCGGGUUCCAGUCGCCUCCUGUACCACGCUGUCCCCUGCAUCGUCCCCGCCCCAGCUGGCCACCCCCUGCCCUCCUGCCUGGACCAGAGUGUGGACAGAAAGGAUACGAACAAUGGCAUCAUCCAGAGCGUGUGUGAAAAGGACUGGGACGUGUGUUCUACUUAUCUAAAGACAUCACGCAUAAACAUGACAGUGAGGCAGGUCCUAGCUCCAGGGCAGACCUUCCCGGUCACACACUCGGACCCUGAUCCAGCGACGGAACACUCUGGACAUGGGUAUGGCGAGGACGAGGAGGAAACUCAAUUGGCUAAGAAGAUGAAAAAUGAUUUAUGACCUUGAUUUGGGAUUUUAAGGGAUAUUUAUGUGAUCAAAAUUUUGAGUUUUAAAGCUGUACAUACAGUAUGUGAAUAAAACAUUAUUACAAUAGUUUCAGUGUGUGAAAGAAAGCGUGUAGAGAAUAAUCUCAACUAAGCUGAAUGUUUAAGAUGGUUAUUUGACUGCUGAAGCGGGACGACAUGACAAAAAUAUUACUUUAUCACAUGUUUAUAAAAAGAAUAUGUAACCUAGUGAAGCUCUGUCUUUUUUCACACUCAAAGAAAAGGUAAACAAAAGUCCCUUUUUAAUUUUCCAGUUUUCUCAGUCCAUUUCAUGAUUGAAACCCUGGCCUCCCAGGAACUCCUUUAAUGGUCUAAACAGGACUGUAACGUGCAAGUUGGUGAAAAAUUGUGUGUACAGUUCCCACACACAGAUGCGUUUUACUGCGGCUAAGAGUCUCAUCACCGUACUGUGCUUGAAGUCUUUGAUGAAUGCCAAUCGCUAUUGUGUCUUUAUUCAUUAAAAAUAAUUUCAUCACAAGUCCUGUUUUGACUUAAACACCCCUUGUAGCUGCUAGGUA